AUGAAGACUGUCAGUAUUUUGGUAGAUGCGAAUCGGAAAUAUAACGGAGACGUCGACAUCCCAGACUUUGACUCAGUAUCUUCUUGGCUGUUUUUGGAGGAAUUGGAAAGAGAGCAACUGUUAAUGCCAAUUAGACCAUCAAUGGUAGUAACAACACAUAUCCCAAGAGGUCUACUGCCUGUAAAGAUAUGGAAAAAUAAUAAAGUAAUCCACACAUUUCGGAAUCCCAAAGACACUGCCGUAUCGCUGUAUUUUUAUCAACGAGACAGAGGUUUCUGUGUGGGUGAUUUUGAGCAAUUUCUACAGAGAUUUAUGGAUGGAGAACUGGCAUAUGGGAGUUGGUUUGACAAGGAGCUAGAUUGGUGGACACACGAGAGACAAAACCCCAACGUUUUGUUCAUGAGUUACGAGGACCGGUUGAAGGCACCCGAAGAAUCUACGUGGACAUUAAUCGAGUUUCUUGGUUUAUCAAAUCUACCAAGGGACACCGACUUCCUGCAAGACAUAUUGCAAAGAACCUCGUUUGAAUCCACGAAAGAAACAGACGGUCCUGCGAUCAAUAAAGCCUUUAAUUUUCAAACUGGAAACUUUUUCAGAAAAGGGCAUGUUGGUGACUGGAAGAAUUUCUUGACAGUAAAACAGAAUGAAGAAUUUGACAAAGUAUACUGUAACAAAAUGAAGGGUAGCGAUAUACCCAUACAGUUUGAGUGA